CUUGGCAACAUCACCUCCUUGUGCUUGGUCUUUUCGCUUUAUGAGUUAACGACAUUGUUUGCCGAGGUUAAGCAAAUUAUAUUUGGGCAUCGACGUCGACAAGUAUCACCGUCUAAAAAGCUUCCAUCUUUCUCUAGUAAACAGCUUUCGAUUUCAUCCGCAUCAUUUUGCGUCUUCCUUAAACUCUGAUCGAGCAGCUCUUGAAUUUCGAAAAAAAACCAUGGCUACAGCAGCUCUCCUCCGCUCAAUCCGACGCCGAGAAGUCGCGUCCGCUCCUUUCUCAGCUUACAAAUUCCUUGCUGGUAACGCUCAGCCUUCAUUGGGUAGUUCAUGUCCCGGUCAAAACUAUGCAAGUUUGUAUAGAGCUUUUGGGUCGAAACCUGUUGUGAAUGACAUUCUUGGUACUGGUUUGGGCACUAACAACACAAGCAAUGACAUUAGAGAGGAAAGAGAGCAGUCAAAAGCUACUGAAACUGUAACUGUUGGAGCUCAAUUGACUCGAUCUUUCCGAGCUCUUGAUGUGGGAACAUCGAGACGCUUGUUCUCUACAAUCUCAGGGGAUAUAAAGACAACAUACGAGGAACCGAAAACCAAAAGCUUUCGCCCUUUAUCUCCUCACCUUCCCGUUUAUCAGCCUCAGAUGAACUCAAUGUUAUCGAUCUUCAACAGAAUCUCAGGGGUUUACUUGACCGGAGUCACUUUCGCUGGCUACCUUCUCUACCUGAAAAUGGGUAUGAUUUGCCUCUCCUACCCUAGCUUCUACCAAGUCCUUUACCAUACACAACAGCAACUUCCAAUCAUCACCUCGGUUACUGCAUUAGCCGCUAUUUACCAUACUAUCAAGAGUACUCACUCACUCCUGACCCAUUAAAAAUACCUUCCCCAAAGUUCUUUCGAUGAAGCCGCCAAAGUCUCCUGUAAGAGUGUCUUUGAUAUGAGCAAGAUUAAUAAAGAGACUGAGACAAGAAACAUUUGUCAAACUCUGUCUUGAGAAGGCAAAGAUUUCACACCUGUUUUUGGAUAUUAGGCUUUUUAAGGCUAUGUUUGUUUGCUUUACUUUGUUCUCCGACCAUUUUGAAGAGGUUAAAUCGAGUAAUAAAUUUUUCCCAGUGUUCUGUUUCUACGUUAUA